AUGAUAUGCGAAAUUGGAGAAACCAAAGAAGGGAAUUAUGUGAUUAAAGGAGUGGAAUCUUAUAAAAAAUCAAAUUUAGCUGAUAAAAAAUCCACGAAAAUUUCAUCAUCACCUUCUUCUUCAUCUUUAAAAAAAAUACAACACCAAAAUGGAAUACUUAUAGAUAAAUCCAUACAUUUAAAAGGUGUUACUGAUAAUCAUAAUUAUCAAAAUAAUGAAUGUUUUCAUCAUGAAUAUGAUCAUUACAAUUUACAUGAUCAUAAUCAUAGAUCUGGAUAUAAUAGUAAUAUUAAUGAUUCAAUACUUAAACAAAAAUAUAAAUCUUCAAAUUAUACAUCCAAUUUAAAAAAUAAUAAACAAAAAUUACAUAAUCAAUAUCCUGAAGUAUUUUCAUCAUCUUCAAGUAUAAAUAAUAAUCAUAUUAAUCAUCAUUCUGCAAAUAUUGGUGAGUAUUCCAAAAUUGUUAAUGGAAUAGAAAAAAUUAAUAUCGGUACCAAAAUAUCUAAAAAUAGUUCUUCAAAUUCAGGUAAUUAUGAAACAAAAUCCAAAAAGUAUAAUUUAGUUAAUGUCGCAACAACUGGUUCUAAUCAAUCUUCUUCAUCCUCUAAUUCAUCUUCAUCUCGUAUAAAUAAUAAUAUUAGUAAUAAUAAUAAUAAUAAUAAUAAUGAUAAUAAUAAUAAAAAGAUUGAAAUUAGAAGAAAAUAUUAUGUGAAAGUAACUCCAAUUAAUACAAAAUAUAUAGCCAUAGUAAAGACCAUAACUAAUAAUACACCAUUAUUAUUAUGUUUUGAACAUGGAAAAGAUCGUCAUCCAAAAGAAAUUAUUAAUCUUAAAAAUAGUAAUAUAUAUAAAGGAGUAACAGAAAAAGGACCAUGUAUAUGUAUUAGACCUAAAAAUGAAUCCAAAUAUAAAACCAUUGAAAUUGUUGGAGAAAGUAAAAAUGAUCAAAAAAAUAAUACAAAAAUGAUUAAUAAUAGUAUUGUUACUGGUUGUAAAGAUAUUGAAUCACAUAAUAAUGAAGAAAAUCCAUCAAAAAUAUCAUCAAAUUCAGUUAAUAUGUAUGAAGUUGAAUGCCAUAUAGAUUUUGAUAUUUGGUGUAAUUUUUUUACAAGUAUUGGAAUUUCUUUAUGUAGUUUUAGAAGUCUUUUCCAUACCACUAAAUUAAUAGGAGAAGGAAGUUUUGCAAAAGUAUAUAAAGGUAAAAAUGUAAUAACUGGAGAAGAUGUUGUUUUAAAAGCUGUUGAUAAGAAAAAAGUUAAAGAAUCCAAUGUAUAUACAGAAAUUGAAGUAUUAAGAAAAGUACAUCAUCCACAUAUUGUUCAUUUUAUUGCUUCAUUUGAAGAAGAAGAUCAUGUUUGUUUAGUUUUAGAAUUUCUUGGUGGUGGUGAACUUUUUGAAUGGAUUGCUCAAAAAGGUGCAUAUUCUGAAGAUCAAGCAAAAAUUGCUAUGAAAAGAGUUCUUUUAGCUCUUCAAUGGCUUCAUGCUAAUAAUGUUGUACAUAGAGAUUUAAAAACAGAAAAUUUGAUUUUGGAAAAUAGAAAUUGUCCAGAAUCACUUAAAAUUAUUGAUUUUGGAUUAGCAGCUUCUCUUGGAUCUCCAGCAAUGAAAAUGAGAUGUGGUUCUCCUGGAUAUGUUGCUCCAGAAAUUUUAGAAGAUAAAAUAUAUAGUACAAAAGUUGAUGUAUUUUCUAUUGGUGUUGUUUUAUAUACUCUUUUAGGUGGAUCUCCUCCUUUUCCUGGAAAUAAUAUGAAAGAAAUUCUUAAAAAGAAUAUUCAAGGUAAUGUUCAAUUUACUAGUUCUAGAUGGAAGAAUAUAUCAUCUUCUGUUAAAGAUUUAAUUAAAUGGAUGAUGGCAAAAGAUCCAGAAUCCAGAUGUACUGCUGCUCAAGCUAUAUAUCAUCCUUGGUUUGAAAAGAUUGAACUUUCUCCUGGACUAAUGAUAACUUGCAAUGACAAUAAUAUGUUGGUGAAUAACCAAUCUAAUUACAAUUCUUCAUCAUCUUCUUCGUCAUCCUCUUCUUCGUCAUCGUCAUCAUCAUCAUCAUCAUCAUCUUCUUCUUCUUCUUCUUCUUCUUCUUCUUCAUCUUCAUCUUCAUCUCAAUCUAAGCCAAAUUCCUCACCUCAACCUCUAAAUAGUGAUAAUAAUAAUAAUAAUAAUAAUAAUAAUAAUAGUAAUAAUAAUAAAAAUGAUCAUUCCAAUCAAAUAGUCAAAUCAAAUGGAAAUAUAAAUGUUAAUAUUACUCUAUCAACUUGCUCACCUCAUGAUCAAUAUUUAUUUAAUGGACAAAAUGAUCAUAUCAUUCUCCAAGAUGAUUAUUCAUCAUGCUUAACUAAUUUUCCAAGAAAUUCACCAAUUAAGAAAUGCUCCAAUAAUAAUUAUGCUAAUGGAAAAUUUUAUUCUUCCCAUUCUUCAAAUAAUCAAAAUACAAAUAAUAAAUCAUCAGUUUCAAUUUCUUCCCUUGAAUAUACAGAUUCUCAAUUUUCCUCAUCAAUAAAUUCCAUGAAAAUUUCUCCAAGAUCAGCAAUUAUUCCAUCUUCAAAUCAAUCCAAUAAAAAGAAUUCCUCCAUACAACAAAGUAGUGGUAGUAAUAGUAGUAAUAAUAAUAAACUUGGAAGUAAUAUAAAUAACCAACACUAUAAUCUUAGUAAAAAUCCCAGCAAAAUCAGAAGUUAUUGUAAUAGUAGUAAUAACAAUAGUGUUAGUGAAAAGUUAACAGAAGUUGAAGAUGAAGAUGAAGAACAAAAAUUGAUUCAAAAAAAUAAUAUUAACCAUAUUAAUUACCAUAUCAUUAAUCACCAUAUUAAUAAUAAAGGAAUAAAUUGUGAAUUAGAGGAAAGUAUUAGUAAACUUGAAGAAAAAGAAACCAAUUGUUAUGAUUUUUCCUCUAAUAAUAAAAAUAAAGAUUCAUUUUUAAUUAAAGAAAAAAAUAAUUACCAUAAUUCUCCAAAAAUAAUUAAUGAAUUUGGAAAUUACUAUACUGGUAAAAUGAAUCAUACCAUGUUAAAUAGUCAUGAUCCAAUAAAACAAACAGAAUCUUUAUUAGAAAGUAUUGGAAAUAGUCCAGAUCUUAAUUCCAUUUAUUAUGCUGCUACAAUUAAUGAAGAUAGUUUUUCAUUUGAAAGACAAAUACCUGUUAUAGGGAAUAUUAUUACAAGCAGUAGCUGCUUAAAUAGUGGUAAUAAUAAUAUAAAUAGCCAUAGAAAAAGUAAUUGCAAUUACAAUAGCAACCAAAAUGGUAUUAUUAAUAAUCAAAACAAAUUACAAACCAGUAAAAGCUCUCAUAAAACCAAUAAAAGUAGUUCAAUCAAAGCUGUUUUGCAAAAUGUAUUUAGUAGAUUCUCAAGUAAUAGUAAUAAUAAUAGUAAUAAUAAUAAUAACAAUAAUAUUAACAGCAACAACAACAGUAAUAGUAGUAACAACAAUAAUAAUAACCAAUCUGGUGCAUUAAAUGUUGGAAAAAAGUAUGAAAUUAACUAA